UUUUGUUGAUUUAUUUUGAAACAUACAACCUAAACGAUGCUCUAUUGAGACGUGUGGCAGCGCAUCUUCAUCGAAGGUUAUAUUUUUAUGGAUUUGUUGUUAAUUUUGUUCCAAAAUACAAAAUGACGUCGGACACUUUGUUACACUACGCCAAUGUGUCUACGUUGCUGGUGUGUAUGGUGCUCAAGUUCCCGCAGAUCUUCGUACUUAUGCGAGCUAAAUCGACGACCGGAGUCAGCCUCAAAAGUCUCCUGCUCGAACUUUUUGGGUACAUCGUGUUUGUCACGUACCAGACGUACUACGACUACCCACCACCAACAUACCUGGAAUAUCCCAUUCUUAUUGCUCAAGAUGUCGUCCUGCUACUGCUGAUCCUGCUCUACAACAACAGGUUGCAGGACAGCCUCAUCUACACUGUUGUCUUUGUCCUGGGCUGGAGGCUACUAACCGUGGAGAAAUGGAUCAUCGAUUUUGCGAUGAGUCUGUGCACCUUCAUCAGUGCUGCGAGUAAGUUCGCACAAUUGCAAUGUCUAUGGAAGUCGAAGGACGCGGGACAGAUUAGCGCCCUCACCUGGGGGAUGGCCAGCUACACCUGUAUGACACGGAUCUACACCACUGUAAUGACAACUGGAGACAUGCUGGUUCUGGUGCGCUUCAUCACCACCACUUUGCUGAACCUUUGGGUGCUGCUAAGCAUCUUUUACUACCGGAAAAACGGCCGCAGCUGCGUGAAAGAAGACUGAACACUUUGGAGCGGACAAAACUUCUCCCACUGUUACUCCCAGAAGACAUGUUACACUGUAAAUACCUGUUUUACCUUUCUUGUCCAAAUCAUUCCAAAGUUUAGAAUAUGAAAAAGCAACUCUCAAAUAGUGUACAGUGGAACACGCUCAUGGCCACCAGCUUCUUCUUCUUACUAAAAAAUGCCAUCUUCAGACAUAUAUCGUCGACCACUUUUGUUUGAAAAUAAGUCAUUUGUUGGGAAGUCCCAAGUCUGAUACAAAUGCAUGCGACUUAUGCUGUCUUUAAGUUGAAGUGGAGUGGUAAUUAGUUUUUUUGGCGCCAUGUAGUGCUCACAAUAAUCCAUUAAGUUAAGGUACCAAGUCAAAUUGUGUGUUAAACAUACUUGGCCCAAUAAGCUGAUUCACAGUUAGCUAAAUGAUGCGGACACGUUCGUUACUGGAUACUUUUCAUAUGCUUUUGCCUUGUAGACCUUGUUUUUGUAAGUUUAUUUUAUUGUUCCAUUCAGCACACUUAUUAUGUAUGUCUAGCUUGUGUGCUAUUGUGUGCUUAGCUGUUGUGUAGCUGCUUGCUCACAGUAGCAUAUGGCUUACCAUGCUUACUUUCUGUGAAUGACUUGACUAACAUACAAAAAAAACAAAAACAACCUAGUGUGAGGACAUUUAGUUAACUGGCUGUCCAGCUGUGCACAAGUAAACCUGAUGCAGGACCGUUUGUAUCCGAGAUUUUACAUGCAAACCAAUAUAAUCCGAUUUUUAUUUUUUACUGACAACGGACUGAUAUCAGUAUCAGAUAGUCAUUUCUAUGAAAAAGUGGUCAGUUUUUGUCGAAAUGUGAUGACUGUUCAGACUACAAUAAUUGAGAACCAAUUUUAUGUACAAGUUUGCGGUCAGAAGUGACAAAGGUUUUGGUUCACAGCACACCCGACUUUUGAAGGCCGAGAAAAAGUGUCUGACAAUGGUUAUUUAUAACUAUCUUAGAGGUAGGAAGAUUCAUGUAUAGGACUUGACAAUUUAUUUAGUGAGAGGCACACAUCUUGUACAUUAAUGAUAUCAUUGACUUGAACGGGUUCCACUGUAGUACACUUGUGUUGUUGUGGGAGAGCACAUUCCUAUUGUGUUCACCUAACUCAGGAUAAAUUGUCUCUUUUACUCGUUCCUUUCAGAACAACAUUUAAAUAAAGCCAUAUUGUGACUA